AUGGCCUCAAUUGCACGCAGCAUGAGGGCAGUCCGCCCCUCCGCCCUCUCCCAACUCACCAAGGCCGCUCCCCGCGCCUUUUUCCCCCGUCCCGCGCAGCGCAGCUUCUCUACAACCCCCAGCAGCUUAAUACGCAAGUACACAAAGGACCACGAGUGGAUCGACCUCAACGCCGACAAGAAGACGGGCGUCGUCGGCAUCUCCCAGUACGCCGCCGACGCCCUGGGCGACGUCGUCUACGUCGAGCUCCCCGAGGAGGGCGCGGAGGUCGCCCGGGGCGACGCCAUCGGCGCCGUCGAGUCCGUCAAGAGCGCCGCCGACAUCAACGCGCCCGUCAGCUGCAGGGUCACCCAGGUCAACCUCGGCCUCGAGGAGAAGCCGGGCACCAUCAACAAGGUGCCCGAGGACGACUCCCACGGCGGCGGCUGGAUCGCAAAGGUCGAGGUCGACGAGGCGGGCGUCCAGGAGCUCGAGGCCCUCAUGGGUGAGGAGGAGUACAAGGCUUUCACCGCUUCUGAGGACCACUAG